UGUCAAUUGCGAUAGAGUUGAGCUAACUUGGGAAAUUCAAGAUGCUGCAACCACUUUUCAGUCAACCACUUUUAAUAAACAACCUCAACAAUGGCUCGAUUAAUAACCGGCGUAACGCCAACGCCCAUUCCUCGACGGGCUGACCCACUAACCGACCUCACCCUGCUGCUGAGCCGUUUGCAGCGCACCAUUCUCCACGCCGACGCCGAGCGCGAAGCACGACUACGCGAGAGCGACUUUGAGAGGGAUAAGGCCCAUGCAAACAUUCGCUAUGCGCGAUCGCUCCUCACAAAACUCGAGCAGGAAGCCCUGACCAUCAAGAUCCAUUCCCGUCGACAGGAAGCCCAGGUCGAUCUGGUACAAAAACGGGAGGUCCUCGAACAGUUAUCAGAACGUCUCAGCGAUCUAGCCGAGUUUGCAGCCGCGAGGAAUACCAGCCAUGGCAACGACGACGACGAUACGUCCGACGGGGAAGACAUUCUGGCCGACAUCAUCGUGACACCAAGCGAGAGCAUGGAAUCCACGAGGUCGCUUGACAUGCUGCCGGAAGAGCCAGAAGAGCCAUUAGAUCAGAUACCAGCCUCUCUAGAACAACCACAACACCCUCCGCAGCAGUCCACAGAGCAAACAAACGCAGCCCGUCAACCCGAACACCCCCCAGCCUCGAGCGCACCACAACCAACCACCACCACCACCACCACCCAAACCCUCCGCCCGCGCCACCCCGACCCAACCCCCUCCCCCUCCUCCUCUUCAAACCCCCCACCCCAAGCCUCCACCACCUCCGCCCUCUUCCACAACCACCAACCCACCACCGCCACCACCACAACCGCACCAACAAACACAAACACCACAACCGCCAUCUCCACAACCGAAGCCAUCCUCGACCACCAGCGCAGCGAGCAAGACGCCCUCUCCUCGUCCAUCCUCAAGCUCGCCUCGGAUCUCAAAGCCUCGUCCCACGCCUUCAGCGCGUCGCUGGACUCGGACCGCGAGGUCGUCGACCGCGCGGGCCAGGGCAUGAGCCGCACGGGCCAGAACAUGGAGGGCGUGACACGCACCAUGGGCGCGCUGCAGCGCAUGACUGAGGGGGAGGGCUGGUGGGGGAGGGUGAGGUUGUAUGGGAUCGUGUAUGGGUUGAUGGUGGUGUUGGUGCUGGUGGUUUUUGUGUUGCCGAAGUUGAGGUUUUGAGUUUCCUGGGGAGUUGAGGGGGG